AUGGCGUUUUCUAUCGCCACUAUUUCUUCAAUUCGAAGUUUUUGGUCCGGGGGAAGCACAGGUAACAAGAACAACAACAACCCAGGUAAUGGAGAAACACCGCACGCACCCACAAACACUGCCCCGAAGAACACCAUGGAGGAUUCUUUUGGUAAAUAUGGGCAUGAUCGUUUAUCACUCAAUCUUCCUACGCCAAAAAAUGACACACAAACGCUUUUGUUUGCAACGGCGUUGUUUGGGGCAGAAGCCGACGUCAGUGUGGCAAUCUUCUUUUCUUUAUUCUUUUACAGAUUACAAUAUUUCAACAGAUCGCCACUUAAAGGUAAAAAGACUUUUGUGAUCGUGUGCUAA